AUGUUCCACAGGCAUUCUCGCAAUAAACUGGGCAGUUCUCCCAUUCCAAAAGACGCCCUGCCCCGCCAACCGAAACUGGGGUCUGCGUCGCCCAACCCCAUGAAUGCAAUGCCCCGUCAAAACACAAAUCAGCCGCCCGUAGACCCGCGGCGGAUCAUCGUAGAUCACAUCAUCAAAGACUGCUACUCCAAGUACGAAACUAUCAACGGCGAGCGGGUUCCCGAAAUCAAAUAUAACACCCACUUAAAUGCGCGCGAGUAUUCGCAAUAUCCGCAGCGGCCUCCUCCAGAUGGCUUGUCUCCGGCCCAGAUCGGCCAGGUGAAGAGUCGUAUUCUUGUAGUGUGCACCAAGCAUUCAGGCAGAGUUCUUCUACAGAAGGGUAAAUACAACGAUGAUAAGCGCAUUUACCAGAUUGGCCGCACGUGGGACCUAGAGGAGCUUAAAUGCAUCAAUAGAUUGGGGCCCGACUCCUUGAUCUUGCUGUUGAACAAGGACUACUACUGGCGUUCUGGUGAGGGCCGUGAACGUAUGCAUACUUUUAUUCAUCAUUUGGUGCUCAUAUACCACAAAUUCACUGGGCGGUAUCCCGAACUUCGCGGGAUCACGUUGGCCGAACUCGGUAUGGGCGGUAGCCUGAAGAGCCCGCCGAAACAAUCUGUAGAACAUAGGCCUCCUCCUCCACCUCCGCAGCCAAAGGUCCGGGACCAGGCUGCGAUCUAUCGCGACUUGGAUUUCACAGCCAACGGCAAACUCCCGAUGAAGCCAAUGCAGGUAAUGGACGUUGACCGUCCACUGAAGACUGCAGCUCAGGCAGUCGUAGCCCAACAUGAAAUCACCACCAUAAGCUCGCCAAACCGCAGCAAGUUUCUACAGGAUGCUUUUUUCAACUCGCCCUCUGCUGAAACUCGCGAGCUGCAACAACAAUCGCUGGUACCCGUGGUAGCAGCUGCCACGGCUGCAACUACCGCUGCUGCAACUGCCGCUGCUUUGGGUACUGCGGCCGUCAUUUCAAAAUCCGCGCAGCCACCAUCGAGCCAAACGAUGCCAAAAGUUAGAUCUUCCGAGUCAGCGUCGGCUAUUCCAUUCCCAAAAGCAAGAUCCAAACCUUCUUCCCCGGAACGUCCUAUGGCCAAGGCAAUAACGGUUGAGACUACACAAGAGACCUCUACUUCUGCUACAGGAGCUGAUGGAUCUGAAACAGAUCUUACGUUUACGCGAAACAAGUCAAUCGGGCCAACUCCAAACCUUGCUCAUUCUCCUUCGAAGUCAGUCAACCCUCUUGAGAGACAGUUGACUCAAGAGAAUGCCAUAGAGAGGCGUGGUAUCCUGCUGCCACUUAGAAAAUCCACUACCAUAGAAGACUACCAAGCAGAAGAAGCAACACUUCUGGAUGCAUCCUCGGGUGAGAAGCCUCUUGCUAAUUUGAGGCUGGGCCGCGAGUCAAUGAGAAGUUCAAGGCCUCCGAGCACAAUUAAUGAUUCUGCUAUUGAUUCAUCGAUUAGAGAGAUUGAGGAUUUUAUGGACUCACAAUUUGGCUCUCAAAGGAAAUUUGAACCCGGUCACAGAAAGAAUGUGCUGCUGCAAUUCCGGGCGGAGGAUUUUGAAGAUGCUGCAAGCAGCUUCUCGGCCGGAUCUAGCUUGAUGGAGAAGGCUGCUACUCCUGUUUCAGAAGUCGAAUCUGUAUCAGCUUCAUCAUACAAGUUACAAACUGAUCCUGAAGUUGACGAGCUACUUGAUGAGAUUGGCUGGAAGGUGACCGAAAGCAGUGAAGUGCUCUCUAACCAAUUGACAAAAGAGCUCUCACGAAUGAAACGUAAGAAUGUGGCAGAGCUCAUUAACAUGGAUUACGGAAAAGACAAGUUAUCGAAUGAAGGAAAAGUUUCUGCGGAUGAAGUUUCAAAUUUGAUCUAUGUUUUCAAAAAGAUGGAGGUCGGCUUUCAAAAAAUUGCUCCUCAAAUAAGUGACUUAGAAAGAAAUUCAAAGGGAUUGCAAGUUGAGGCUGUCAAUAACAAAAUUCUCUUUAACGACCUUAAUGAGAUUUUGAACAAGGUCAAAGUCAAUACCUCAGAUCUACAGCUUGUUUCAAAUUACAAUGACUUUGAUGAUUUGUCUCAAAUUCCUCUUCUUGAAUUGAAACUAGUCGCUUUAUUCGAUGCUUUGAGAGCCAUCGCACCUAAAGACUCUGGUGAUGGCCUUGGCCAAAUGAAAGCAUUGAAGCAAUAUCAAGAAAGGUAUGAAAUGGUCUCGUCCUCGUUCAUUUCAAGAUUUGCGGCUUUCAUUCAUGAAAAAUUUUCUGCUUGCAUCGCCCUUCUCAGCAAGGACAUCGACAACCUUUUCCCUCGCACGAUACUCACUUCUCUCUCGGAAUUGACUUACUACAUCGGAGUCGGUUUUUUUGUCAAGAAUAUUUCUGAGACAGAUGCUCAAACCCUAAAUGACAAUUUCAACCUGCUUCUCAUUGACUUUUUGUCCAAAUAUUUCGUGUCGCGACUUAAACUUGCAAAGGAUAGUCAGAAGUCAAAGGCGUCGAACAGAUUGUCGCAGGGAUUCGAGUCCAUUGAUGGCCUUGGAAAGAGAAGAUCUUCUCGUUUCGGUUCCACCAGGUUGAUCUCACGAUUAUCUACUGGAACAGAGGAGCAGGUGAAAACUAAGGCCCCACCUGUUGUGGAACUGGGCAAAGAGACAACUUACGACCCUCGUACAAUCAUGCGCAUGGUACAAGAGAAUCGUGAGUUAAUUUUGGUGUUGCAAUUUUUCUGCUGCAACUUCUUUCAUUCAAAUUUCACCGACGAGUUUUCGGAGUUUAUUAAGAGCAAUACCUUCGAUGAUCGAGUGGCAUACUUCAAAUCUCCUGAUGUAUACCUGAUUGACUACAAGAUCAACUCCAAUGAAUUACUUCAGAACAUGACCGCUGUGUUUGGAAGUUACAUAAACAAGUUUGUCAAGACAUUUACGCCAGCCGAUUUGCAGGUGCCUCAGUUAUUGAUUGAACUUUAUAAAUUAUUGUCAGACGCAAGGGCUCAGUAUCAGGACUUUGUGGCAUACAGUUUCUUGAGAAAAUUGAUUGAUCGUUAUAAGAACAUCUGGCUCAAAUUCGUGGCCAACAAUGUUUCUGUUUUACAGAAUUCGGAUAUUAGGGCCAAGAGCCUGCUCUUGCCUGGAGUCAAAAACUUGAAUGUGAUCAUUUUAACCACAGAAACCACGCUACAGGAUAAUAAUGUGGACGCAGAGGAUGAAAAUACCAGUGAAGUGUUGCAGAUGAUCAGCGACUCCUACAGACAAUUGACCGAUGCCAUUGUUGAUCUUUUUGGACGGGAGGAUCCAUUGCUCAAGUACAAUUCUCACGACGAAAAGGAGAGAGCCCAUCGGAAUGUUGCAAUCCUUCAAAACUUAUUCUCGGUGUUGCAGCAAUUGGAGGGGUUCAAUAGUACCCCAACCACUCUUGCCAUGCGUGAGAGUUUGGAUCCGGUGUUCCAGAGGGUACAGAACGAGUACAUCAAGUAUUUGCUUCAUCGUUUCUUUGGCAAAAUGUUGGAUUUUGUGACCACCAAUACUGAAGCCGACGUCAAUGCAAAGAAAAAAGAUAGCAAGAUUCUCAUCAAAGCUCUAGCAUCUUCCCAUUCCCAGAAGGAGAUGACCGCCAAGGUGUCCGAAAUACACCAUAAACUCGAAAGACACUUCCUCACCUCCAACACCGUCUCAGAGCACGAUCUCUUAGCAUUGAUGUGGAAGAGCACCGAGAGCCAGGUAGUAGAGUUAUUCCUGAAAUUUUUGGGCUAUGCCAGAGCCAUUGACAGGGAUGUCGAUGAAUGUGUAACGGUUCCUGCUAUACGAAACCUAUUCAAGAGCACCCGAUGA